AUGGCUCUCUCCAAACCCCCAUUCAUGGCUUUCCUCUUCCUCUCCAUGCUUGUGCUCCAAUUGGUCGAUUCGCGAUCUACGGUCGACGAUAAUUUGGUGACAAGCAGUAUUGGGAGAUCUCUUCUUCAGGCACCUAAAAUAGAUUGCGGGGCGGCGUGCGCGACGCGGUGCAGCAGGAACUGGAAGAACAAGAUGUGCAGGAAGAUGUGCGGCAUCUGCUGCUCCAAGUGCAGCUGCGUGCCGCCAGGCACCAGCCAGGACACCCGUGGCCUCUGCCCCUGCUACGACGCCAUGCGCAACCCCGCCGGCCACCCCAAGUGCCCUUAA